AUGGUUCCGGUGGCCCGGUGGCCGGGAACGGAAGCGGAACCCCCGGGAACCCCAAGCCGGCAUGAGAAGAGCCUGGGACUUCUCACCACCAAGUUCGUGUCACUUCUACAGGAAGCCAAGGACGGCGUGCUUGACCUCAAGCUGGCAGCUGACACCCUAGCUGUGCGCCAGAAGCGGCGGAUAUAUGACAUUACCAACGUUUUGGAAGGUAUUGGGCUGAUUGAGAAAAAAUCCAAGAACAGCAUCCAGUGGAAGGGCGUGGGGCCUGGCUGCAAUACUCGGGAGAUCGCUGACAAGCUGAUUGAGCUCAAGGCAGAGAUCGAAGAUUUGCAGCAGCGAGAGCAAGAACUUGACCAGCACAAAGUGUGGGUGCAGCAGAGCAUCCGAAAUGUCACAGAGGACGUGCAGAACAGCUGUUUGGCCUACGUGACUCAUGAGGACAUCUGCAGAUGCUUUGCUGGAGACACUCUUCUGGCCAUCCGGGCCCCAUCAGGCACCAGCCUGGAGGUGCCCAUCCCAGAGGGUCUCAAUGGGCAGAAGAAGUACCAGAUUCAUCUAAAGAGUGUGAGUGGCCCCAUUGAGGUACUUCUGGUGAACAAGGAGGCAUGGAGUUCACCUGUAGCUGUUCCUGUGCCACCUCCUGAGGAUUUGCUCCAGAACUCAUCUGCAGUUUCUACUCCUCCACCUCUGCCCAAGCCUGCCUUAGCCCAGCCUCAGGAACCCUCACGUCCAAGCAGUCCCCAGCUAACCACCUCUACCCCUGUUCCUGGAAGCACUGAAGUCCCAGGGGUGGCUGGCCCAGCAGCUGAGAUCACAGUGAGUAGCGGCCCUGGAACUGAGAGCAAGGACAGUGGUGAACUCAUUUCACUCCCGCUGGGCCCAGCAGUGUUAGACACCCGGCCACUGCAGUCUUCUGCCCUGCUAGACAGCAGCAGCAGCAGCAGUAGCAGUAGCAGCAGCACUAGCAGUUCAUCUGGACCCAACCCGUCUACCUCCUUUGAGCCCAUCAAAGUGGACCCCACAGGUGUUCUUGAACUCCCCAAAGAGCUGUCAGAAAUCUUUGACCCUACACGAGAGUGCAUGAGCUCAGAGCUGCUGGAGGAGUUGAUGUCCUCAGAAGUGUUUGCCCCCCUCCUUCGCCUUUCUCCUCCUCCUGGGGACCACGAUUACAUCUACAACCUGGACGACAGUGAAGGUGUCUGUGAUCUCUUUGAUGUUCCUGUUCUCAACCUCUGACUGACAAGGACAUGCCCUGUGUGGCUGGGACCCAGACUGAGCUGGGGCUGCCUGGGGCUGCCCCCCACCCCAAACCUGCGUAGCUUGAGAGCCACAGACUCCUGGCUUCCCCAGUCUUGUCCCUCUGUACAGUUCUGGUCACACCUCCCACUCCAGCCCUGGCACUUACACUGUGCUAACAGAGUGGGGAAAGAGGCUCAGUCCUCUCCACCAUGGAGCCAUAGCGUUUGCCUCUCCUUUUCUGGAACCUUCCCCAGCCCCAGCCAGCUGCCACCCAGUGGCCGAGGCUGGCCAGUGCCCGCCUAGGGCAGCUUGUCUAGCCCAUUGCCCUGCUCCUGCUGCCCCUCACCACCACCAGGAUAA